AUGCCCGAAUAUUCAGACCUAUUCGUUACGCUUCCGCUGACGAUAUAUGAUGAUGCUCUGAGACAUUGUGAGAGGAGGCGUGCUUUUGGCGUGUCUGAACUCUUAACACCUGGCUGCCAUGAUAUCACAGGCUUUGGGAAUCCUGCCGAAGGAGGCUUCAACCGGAGCUUUCUAGUCGCCAUGCGUAACGGCCUCAAACUUGUUGCUCGUAUUCCAUAUCCAGUCAAAAAGCCAAAGUUUCUCGUCAUUGCAAGCGAAGUCGCGACGAUGGAUUUCCUCCGUUCUCACGGUAUACCCAUGCCAAUUGGGUAA